AUGACCCGUCUACGAAGUAUUGUGGUCUGCACUAUUCUUUUUCUCCUAUUCCUUAUUUAUUGCUGGAUACUGAAAAACAAACCAAUGAGAACCAAAUCAUUGAUUUUCAAAGAAACUAAUAUUCUGCCCGAUUUGACAUUUUCAAAACUAGCUGACCUUGAAAACAGAAUGGUAAUUGAGUUGGAUGCUCUUUCCAUGGAAGAAUACGAUAAAAUAAAAAACAAGAGCAUCAAAUCUGAAUCUGUGCAAGAAUACGGAUUGAUUCAAAUCAUUGUAUUCAUAUCUUGUUCUAUAAGUGGAAUCAUACUUGUUCUCUGCAUUGCUCGUCGUUUUUACAUUCAAAAUGACGACGAAUUUGAUGCCGAACGAGUAUUGAGCACCAGUGUCAUAAGCAGCCAGGAAAAAUUAUUUGGGAGCUAUCAAACCAAUCAGAACUAA